CUUUUCUUUGUUGUUGUCCUCCUUUACUCCUUCCUUCUUUUUCUCCUCUUCUCCUCUUCUCCUCUUCUUCUCCUUCCUCUUCUCCUCUUCUUCUCCUUCCUCUUCUCCUCUCUUCUCUCAUCUUUUACUUUACUUUCUCGAUCAACUCUUGUAUCUUCCAAGUGUCAAUUAGUAAUCAUUAAACUCCUCCUCAGUCUACUCUAAAAAAGAAAAAAAAAGUAUUGUUCUUUUUCUUCAUCAGGAUGCAUUCCUCUCCAUCCUCUCCCCCACCGCAGUCGCGUCUUGAAGAGAUAAAGGCCGAACUCCAGGGUGAUAGCCGCGUCAAAGUUGCAGGCGUGGAUCUCGAUGGUAUUUUGCGUGGCAAGAUCAUGGCCAAGUCCAAGUUCCUGUCUGUCCUCGAGUCUGGCUUCGGAUUUUGUUCUGUUGUCUUUGGAUGGGAUAUGCAUGACAAGACUUAUGAGGAAGACCUAAGUAUCUCCAAUGCCGAGAAUGGUUACCGAGAUAUUAUUGCAAUUCCGGAUCUGUCAACGUUUAGACGUAUUCCUUGGGAAGAUAACAUUCCAUUCUUCUUGUUAUCGUUCCUGGAUCCUAAAACGAGGGAACCUCUGACGGUUUGUCCACGCGGGCUUUUGAAACGAGUGACGGAUGAGCUUGCAAGUCUAGGAUGGGAGGCGAUGUGUGGGGCCGAGUUUGAGUUCUUUAACUUCAAAGAAACACCUGAUUCAUUGGAAGCUAAAGGACAUACAGGUCCUCAAGCACUUACACCCGGCAUGUUUGGAUACUCACUCCUCCGUCCUGCACUUCAUCAAGACUAUUUUUAUGAUAUCUUUGAUCGGUGUUCUGACUUUGGUAUCAACAUUGAGAGUUUCCAUACCGAGACAGGGCCUGGAGUGUACGAGGCUGCGCUAAGUUACGACACUGCAACCAAUAUGGCAGAUAUGGCCAGUCUCUUCAAGCUUUCAGUCAAACAACUGGGAUUGAAGAGAGGGAUUAUGCCUACGUUCAUGGCCAAGCCCUAUUCAGAUCAACCUGGAUGUUCAGGACACAUCCACUUUUCAAUUCGAGAUAUCAAAACCAAAACAAAUCUCUUUGCUGCAUCCUUAGCCUCUGGCUCUGGUGGAGGAGAAGGAGGAGUUGCUCAGCCACAGCAACUUCACAGCCCAAAGUCAGAUGGGGAAGAUAGUAGCAAUAAGAAUAGUAGUGCAGCAGCAGAAGUAAUGCAGAAGAGUUUGGAUCGACCUGAAUGGGAGACCUCUGUUGAGGGUGUGGAUCAAAUGAGUGAGCUGAUGAAACAUUUUAUGGCCGGUCUGCUCACAGCACUACCCAGUAUCAUGUGUAUCCUUGCACCCAACAUCAACUCUUAUAAACGAUUGGUCGAGAAUUACUGGGCCCCCGUCACGGUCUCUUGGGGAAUCGAGUCUCGCGUCUCUGCCAUUCGUGUGAUUGGACCACCUCAAUGUGAGCCAAAGGGUACACGUCUGGAGAUGCGUGUAGGAGGUGCAGACAUUAAUCCACAUCUGGCUAUUGCGGCCUGUAUUGCAGCUGGACUCUACGGGAUCAAGAAAAAAUUGGCCAUACCUGUUGCACCCACAACGGCACAAUCAGAGGCUGCGAUGACAUCAGGCCAAAGAGUUGAAAUCAAGCCAGCAGAGAGGCUACCGAAAUCAUUGCAAGAGUCUGCAUUAAAGAUGUUGGAGAAAGGAUCGAUUGCAAGAGAGAUCCUUGGAGAUGCUUUUGUAGAUCAUUAUGGCGCCACAAGGUUGAAUGAGUAUCGAUUGUGGGAGACAGCUGUGACCACAUGGGAGACAAAGCGAUACUUUGAGCUUGUGUAGAAAAGUAGAGAGAUAUAUAUUAUUACAAAGUGGGGAAAUAUUACUUACUACCUUAACUACCAAACUACUAUGACUAAGUUCUUCUUCUAUUGAUG